AUGGAACCAGAGAUUAUGCUGAACUAUUCGGUUCAGUUUAAUAUUGGUUCCGGGACUUUUGCACAAGUCUUCCUCGCAAUACACAACAAAACAGGAACAAAAGUUGCCAUUAAAGUAAUUUCUAAAUUAAACUGUAUUGAUAAUGAAAGAAACCAGCUUCUUAUGAGAAGAGAAAUAGACAUUAUGAAAAAGCUCAAGCACCCUUUUGUAUGUGAUCUCUAUGAAGUUGUGGAAACUGAAAAAAACGUUUACAUUGUUAUGGAGUUCGCCCAAAAUGGGACGCUUCUAGAGACAAUCAAAUCAAGAGGUAGUCUAGGAGAGGAAGAUGCUAGCAUUAUUUUUGCUCAACUCCUAAUUGUUAUGAAAUAUUUACACAAUGAAUGCAAAAUUGCACAUCGUGACAUCAAAGCCGAAAACAUUGUAUUUGAUUCCAAUAGAAAUAUUCGAAUCAUUGACUUCGGCCUGAGUAAUUCCCCAGAUAGCAAUAAUAUUAUGCAAACACAGUGCGGAUCAGUAUCUUAUGCAUCUCCUGAAAUGAUUAUGGGCCAAAAGUAUACGUACGCUUCAGAUGUAUGGUCUCUUGGAAUCCUUUUAUAUGGAAUGGUAUGUGGGCACUUACCUUUCCAGGAUACAAACUACUCAAGGCUAGCCCAAAAGAUUGUGUUCAAAGAAGUUGAUUAUCCAUCCCAACUUUCUUCUGAGUGCAUCGAUUUAUUGAAGAGAAUUUUGAAAAAAAAUCAAGCAGACAGGAUACCAUUAAACGAAAUCGAGAAGCAUCCUUGGAUUAGUGAGAGAUACAAUUCUAUCCUGAAUAGCGUUACAGAGUUUCAUUACAAUUAUGACUACAUUUCUAAGCGAAUGCAGUCAUACAACCUUGACCUAGAGCAGAUUCAAAAGGGAAUAUCGGAUGGUGUAACAGAUCAAGAUACCAUUACGUACAACAUUAUAUGUCGAGAGAAUCAAAUAAGAGAAUUCCAUCAAUCAAUGCUCAACAUAUACAAAUUAGCCAGGAAAUACUCUGUGAAGUCCAACGAAAAGCUUCCUCCACUAAAUCCAAAAGAUCACACGAAUUCUUUCAAACCCAGAAGAGCGGUAAUCCCUGUGAAUGCUCCUGUUUUAUCUGCAAAGCGAAAAAAGAUGCCAUCAUCACUUGUUUUUUCUAAUUAG